UCUCAUCAUGCUUGUGCUGGUCAUUGGCGAUCUGCAUCUGCCCUUCCGCGCACACGACUUGCCGGCCAAGUUCCGCAAGCUCCUCGUGCCCGGCAAGAUCCAGCAGAUCAUCUGCACCGGCAACGUGUGUGACAAGGAGACGUACGACUACCUGCGCACCGUCGCGGGCGAUGUGCACGUGGUGCGCGGCGACUAUGACGAGAACCCACACUUUCCGACCUCGCUCCUGCUACACCACCCACCGCUGCGGAUCGGCGUGCUGCAUGGUCACCAGGUAGUGCCAGCAGGCGAUGCAGAUGCGCUCGCGGGGCUGGCACGGGCGAUGGACGCCGACAUCCUGCUGAGCGGGCACACGCACCGCUUCGAGGCCUUUGAGAGCGGCGGGCGCUUCUUCGUCAACCCCGGCAGCGCGACAGGCGCAUGGAGCGCCGUUUGGCCGAUCCGCGACGCGGCUGAUGAGGCGGCGGAGGCGGAGAAGGCGGAGGCAGAUGCAAAGAAGAAGGAGGGCGCUGCCAAGGACGAGAAGAGCGCCGAGGCGCCGGCAGCCAAGGCAGAGGCGAGUGAUGCAGAUGCCAAGGGGUCAGGCAGCGCGAAGGAUGCACCGGCAAAGGAGGACACCAAGGCCACCGCUGCUGCGACGGGCGCGGCGAAGGCAGAAGAGAAGAAGGAUGCGGCCACACCCGCUGCGCCGCCGGCAGAGCCCAAGGCGGCCGCUGGACCGGUGCCGAGCUUCGCAUUGCUCGACAUCCAGGGCGCCGUCGUGGUGACGUACGUCUACCAGCUCAUCGACGGCGACGUCAAGGUCGAGAAGAUCGAGUACCGGAAGCGCAUGGACUCGACGGCCGCGCCGGCCAACGGCACAGGGACGGCGUACGAGGCGGGCAUCGGCGUGCGCUACUAG